UCACUGCCCCUGAUAUCAGACAGAACUCCGGCGGCCGCCGGACAGACGGCGACAGGAGCAGCCUAGCCGUCUGUGCCUCCCUGUGUGCUCGUGCCGGGGUGGGUUCCCCAGUGCUCUGUGCUCUGUGCUCUCCGGGACAGGUGGAGCCGCAGCCAUGUCGGCUGUACUGGUGAGAGUUGCGGCUUGUAUGCUGCUGCUCACCGUUGGACAGCUAGCAGCGAUGCGGUGCUGGCAGUACACGUGGCCGGGAGUGGUCGACUGGAACAGCCCGAUCGACAACGAGACGACCUGCGAGGGCAAGACGGAGCCGUGCAUCGAGCCCUUCGUACUCUCCAUGAACAGCACAGAACCGAACAUGACCAAACUCCAGGAGCUGUGCGAGAGCGGCGGCUGCCCUCCGGAACUGUGGUGUAACACAAAGGGAGGCGAGUCGUGCGUCAAAUACGCCUUCUGGACCACCGAUGUCACCACAAACGAACUCAAGAUCGUCAACUACUCGCGCUUCUGCGGCUCGGCUCGCAGCGGCAACGCCGACACGGGCGUGUUCUCUACCGUGGUCAACGACGGGUGCUACCAGCAGCAGAUAAAUUCGUUCAUACUGGAGACGUGUUUCUGUCACGGUAGCUACCUCUGUAACGGAGCCAACGGUCUCAGCACGUCCGCGGGACUCCUGGCCCUCCUAGUGGCCUCUUCCAUAGCGGCGGCUGCGGCGGGCAUCUGGAGGACCUGACCUGAGUGGCGGACGGUCCUCCCGUAAUCUCUGACGGCGCCGCGAUGGUAUCUGUGGUUUACGAACUUAUGAUGUGAAGACCGGGCCAGUACGUCGCAUGCCACCGCGCCGGGUCUCGAUUCAGUUUGCUCUGCGUCAGAACCCAAGCACUGGGACAAUGAUGGUGCGUUUCUUCUGAUUUAUCGCAAUUCACUGUAUGCAGUUUGUCAAGCAAUGGAAGAUCAAGUGACUUCUAGUAAAGGCAUAUUUGGGACUCCUCUGUGACAAUUUGCCCGUUCGCUCACAGUGCCAAAGAUUGCUAUUGCGGAAGAAUUUGAUUUGCUCAGAUUCGGCGUUUUUAUAAGGACAAUGUUAUUGUUUAUGCACUUCUUAUAUGCAAAAUGUUACAAAUUGCUGUUUUAAUGUUUCAUAGAAGCUCAUUUCCCGAGCAAUAAACGACAUAACCUACCUAAA